CGAGUUGACCGUAAACGGCCUCGGGACGGAGGCCGCUCUGGACACGUGCUACGCCGGGUUCUUCUCCACCACGAGCGCGGAAGCGGAGGAGCUGCAGCUGUGUCUGGAGAAGCUGGCGGAGCCCAGGAAGUACGACACGCAGGAGGGCGUCGGUUACCUCGACCAGGUGGCCAGGCACGUGUCGGUGGAGUUGCUGGGGAAGGAGAUGAUGCCGAGGUCGGAAGUGACGACGAAGGCGCUCUGGUGGGAUGAAGUUCCUGCUCGGGUCACGAAUCGUCUUCGAGCACGACGGCAACUGGGAGCUCAUGUUCCCCCCCAGAACGUAGUGAAUAAGCGGGACAGGCGCCCUCUGCCUAGAGAAAAGAAAAGAAAAACGAUCAAAAGAUUGAAAAAAAAGCAUCGACGAUAAAGGGAAAUAGCACAAAGACAAUCAAUAACAAUAUGUGCGACUCACCUCUCGACUUGAGAUUCCUCUGACGAUUCUAUUCAGUUCCAGUUUUUAUCAAUAUUCUAACAGAAAAUAGAAAGGGUAGAGAAAACGUUUAUUAAUGUCAACGAUGUAUCUUAUCUAAAAAAAA